GCCUCAUCGUGAUUUUUUAUCAUAUAUCCACCGGGACCCGGAGAAUCAAGUUGAAGUCAAUCCGCCCGUAUUUUACUCACGCCGAGAUCAUGUAUUCAUGUCAACGCCCCCUCCCGCGCUGACUUGAUGCUUCUCCUCGUCUCACCACACCCUAUAAAUACGCUCACGUCGCUCGUGUCCAUCGUCGUGUGCAAAACGGCAAAAAAAAACCACCAGCGACAGCGAGCACGACACAACCGCGCGCCUCAGCCGACCGAGAUCGACGCCGGCCGCCCAGCCCGACCCCAGCUCCUGUCCGGUACGGACUCCGGUCGGUCGGUCGGUCGACGAUGAGCCGCGCGGCGAGCGGCGGCGGAGCCGGGACCGGGAGAGGAGGAGGAGGAGGAGCGGAGCGAGCGCACCGGUGCCGGUACAGGGGCGUGCGGCGGCGGGCGUGGGGCAAGUGGGUGUCGGAGAUCCGCGUGCCCGGCACGCGGGAGCGCCUGUGGCUGGGCUCCUACGCCGCGCCCGAGGCCGCCGCCGUCGCGCACGACGCCGCCGCGUGCCUCCUCCGCGGCGGCGGCGGCCGAGCGGCGGGGCAGGCCCACCUCAACUUCCCCGACCGCGCCGCCUGCUACAUCGUCUACGGCGGCAGCCACGGGCACGGGCCGCCGCUGUCGCCGCGCUCCGUGCAGCGCGUCGCGUCCGACGCCGGCAUGGCCGCCGACGCGCAGAUCGUCGACGCGCGGGCGGCGGCGGCGGCUCUCGCCGCGCCGACGACGCGCGUCCAGCCCGCCGCGUUCGCUGGCAUUGGCGCCGCGCAAGGUGGGGCACAAGGCGCGGCGUGCGCGCCGCCGCCGUAUAGCGACGGCGCUAGCAGCAGCAGCAGCAGUACGUAUUGGUCGACGCCGAGCGCGAGCGCCAGCAGAACCUCCUCCAGCACUGGCAGUGAGCAGCCGCUUGUUUUUGGGGAUAUUAGCGUAGACGACAUAGAGAUCUUGGUCUGAUUAUUAGGUACCAGUAUAGAUCAAGAUUACAAUUACAACAUGUACCAUUUCGGUGGGACUAUAUAUAUAUAUACAACAAAUGGAGGAAGCAAAGAUUCCUGUUAUUAUUA